AUGGAUAAAAAGAUUAUAGCAGAUGUAUUCCAGAGACAUUUAGAUUUAUUGACUAGUCGUCUUAAUGAUGUAUAUUUUGAUAAAUUAGAAGAUAGGACAUGCCAGCCUUAUGCAUUCUUUCAGGAAAAGAGGAUGGGUCAAUAAAACCAAAAACUAAGGCUUUAUUUGUGUGGUUAUUUGGAUACGAUAUGAUUGAGACUGUAUUCAUUGCAACAAGGAAACAAAUUUUCUAUUUGGCAAGUGAUAAGAAGUGUAAAUAUGUUGUUUUGACUUUUGAAUAGUGUAGAUGAUGGAGGAGACUAAGCAACGAUUGGGCGGGAGAUAUGAAGUACACUUCUAUAAGAAAGUUGCUGAUAAUCGUGAUAGUUUUGAAAAAAUUCGUUAGAAAUUGGGGAAUGUCAAGCUGGGAAUGCCUACAACAGAGUAACAAGCAGGUAGUUUAGCCACAGAAUGGUAUGAAUAUAAAGGAUGGUCUCAAAUUUUGGAUGCGAGUUAAUUCAUAAGCGAUAUACUUGCAGUAAAGGAUGAUUAAGAGUAAGCCUUCAUUAAUUAAUCAUCAUAAUUGACUACUCGAUUAUUCAAGAAACUAAUAAAAUAGAUAGAGGAUUCAAUAGAUGUUGGAACACGCAUAACUCAUUAAGAUUUAGCUAAGAAAGUAGAGUAAUCAUUGGAUAAUGAUAAACAAAAAGUGAUUAAAGACAUAGGAUUAUAAGAUGGUUUAUAUGAUUUAGCUUAUACUCCAAUAAUUUAGAGUGGUGGUAAUUAUUAGCAAGUUGAUGGUCCAAAUAAAGAAUAUCUUUCUUCAGAUGUAAUUAUAAUCUAACUUGGUACUCAAGUGAAUGAAUACAAUACAAAUUGUAUAAGAACAUUAUUCAUUAAUCCAACAGAAGUGUAAAAGAAAUUGUACAAUACAAUAAUAGAAGUUUAAACCAAAAUAAUUGGUUUAUUGACAGUAGGUACUUCAUUAAAUUAAGUGUAUAAGGAUGCAUUAUUAAUGUUAUAAUAAAAGAUAUAAGAAAUGAACAUUACAAAUGUUUAAUUUCCUAAUUCUUUUGGAUAUGGCAUAGGUCUUGAAUUAAAAGAACCUUUUCUUUCAAUUUCUGAAAAAUCAACUCAUCUUGUGGCUAAAAAUGAAGUUUAUUUUAUUUAAGUAACAUUGGAGAAUCUUCAAAAUGGAUAGAAAGGUAUAAACUAUAUGAUUUCUGUUGGUGAUGUUAUUGUUGUAACAAAUGGUGCAGCCAAUGUGACUACUAAUUAAAUUCCAAAGAUUUAUAAAUAAAUAUCAUAUCAAUUGUAAGAAGAGGAUGAAUAGCCUGCUCCUAAGUAAUAAACAACAAAAUAGCCAGAUGCUCCAAAGGAAGGGCGUACUAGAGGACCACGAAAUUAAUAGAUUUAAAUACAAAGAGAAAAUGAGAAAUAAAGAUAGAAACAUUAAGAGAAAUUAGCAAAGGAUAAAUAGAAUGAAUUAGAAUAAAGAUUAGAACAAGAUUAAUUUGUUUAGAAUUAAUAAGAAACUAAAGCUUUGGAAUUGGAUAAAUUAUAAUGUUAUUAAAAAACAGAAUAAUAUCCAAAAGAAUUGCAGAAAGGAUAGAUUUAUAUAGAUAAUUAAAAAUGUGCAGUGUUGGUACCAUUAUUAGGUACUCAUAUACCAUUUCAUGUAUCUUGCAUAAAAAAUGUAAGUAAGAUUGAUGAAGGAAAGAUGGGUUCAUCUAUAAGAAUCAAUUUCUUUACUUCUGAGACAACUGCAGGAUAGAUUCAAUUCCCAUAAAUAGAUGGAGAAACUAUCUUCAUAAAAGAAUUAUAGUAUAGAUCUAAGAAGAAUGAUCGUCCUUAGAAUUUAAUAUUAUAAAUAAAAUAAUUAUAGAAAAAGGUGAAGGCAGAAUAAUAAGUUGAAAGAGAGAAAUAACAUGUUGGUGAAUUAGAACCUUUAGUGGUAAGCAAAUCUGGAAGAAAACCAAUUUUUAAAGAUUUGAAAGUGAGACCUGCUUUUGGUUCUGGUAAAGCAGCAGGUAUUUUAGAAGUACAUUCAAAUGGAUUUAGAUAUAUUAAUUAAAAUAAAGAAUAAUUGGAUAUUGUAUAUAAGAAUAUUAAGCAUUACAUUUAUUAAAGUCCAGAAUAAGAUAUUAUUGCUGCAAUACAUUUCCAUCUUUAUUCUCCUAUAGUUUUAGGUAAAAGAAAGACACAUGAUGUGUAGUUCUAUUGUGAAGUUGGAGGAGCAGUAGAACAUUUAGAAGGAAGAAGGAAAAAUAAUAGAAAUGAUGAUGAUGAAAUAGAAGAAGAAGAGAGAUUACGUGUACAAAGAAAGAAGAUGGCAAGAGAAUUUGAAGUCUUUAUUAAAACAAUUGAGGAAAUGGGUGUAGAUUAUAAAAUAUAAUUUGAAAAACCAUUUAGAGAUCUUGGAUUUGAAGGUAAUUGGAAUAGAGCAAGAUUAUUUUUAUAACCAACUCAUAAUACUUUAAUGAAUGUUGUUGAAAGUCCAUUCUUUAUUUUGACAUUAUCUGAAGUUGAAAUAUGUUGUUUUGAACGUAUAAUUCCAGGCAUUAAAUCUUUUGAUUUAGUUUUUGUUUUUAAGAAUUAUGAUAAAUAAGUUUUGAGAAUUGAGAGUAUUGAUAUUAAAGAUUUAGAAGGUGUUAAAAAUUGGUUAGAUAGAGUAUAAUUUAAUUAUUAAUUAUAGAUGAAUUUAUUAUUUUUUGAAGUAGCAUAAAAUUUAGUUUGGAAAAAUGUACUUGCCUAAAUAUAAAAAGAUAUUCCAGGAUUCGUAUAAGAUGGAGGUUGGACAAAUAUAUUGGCUGAGAGUGAAGAAGAGGAAGGAGAAGAUGAUGAUCCAGAAGCUGAAGAUAGUGAAUUCUCACCUGAAUAAUCAGUACAUUAUAAAAUUAAUCUUAUAGGAAGAUGAUGGAGAUGAUGAUUCUGAUUUUACUGAAGAUGAUGAUAAUGAUGAUGAUGAUGGUGAUGAUGAUGAAGAAGAAGAUGAGGAUGAAGAUUUAUCUGAUGUUUUAGAUCUCAAUAAUAUAAGUGAUUAAGAUGAUGAUGAUGAUUUAGAUGAAUCAGAUUCUGGUAAUUUAUUAUUUCUUAUUCUAGACAAACCAAGAAAUAAACAUAAAUCUAAAUCUAAACCUUAAUCCAAGCCAUAAAAUAAACCAUAACAAAAACCAACUUCUGUCAAACCAACUCAAUAAUAAAAAAGACCUCCACCUAGAAAAUGAG